AUGCCAUCUGCGAGCAAUACCACCCAUCUACCUCCGACACAUCCAGCGACACGACAACGACCGAAGAGCCCCAAUCGCGUGCUCGCAGAGGCAGAGGCGCAAUGGCUCUUCUCCGAGGCCGAGCUGGCCAACACGCCAUCCAUACAGGACGGCUUGACCCAGGCCCAGGAGAAGGAACUCCGUGCGAAAGGCGUCAAUUUCAUUGUGCAGGUCGGCGUGAUGCUGAAGUUACCACAGCUCACACUGAGCACGGCCUCGAUAUUGUUCCAACGAUUUCUGAUGCGCGCGAGCCUCAAGAAGGAGCGCGGUGGCAUUCCGAAAUUGCACCACUAUCAAGCAGCAGCUACGGCAUUGUUCCUGUCUACGAAGGUUGAGGAGAGCUGUCGCAAGAUGAAGGAGCUGAUACUGGCCUUCUGCCGGGUCGCGCAAAAGAAUCCGAACCUCAUUAUCGAUGAGCAGAGCAAAGACUGGUGGAAAUGGCGAGACUGCAUACUCCUGAACGAGGACAUCCUGCUGGAAACGCUGUGCUUCGACCUCACAGUGGAGUCGCCGCAUAGAACGCUGUUCGACAUGCUCAAGUUCUUUAACCUGGAGAAAGAAAAGCGACUGCGCAAUGCGGCGUGGGCUUUUGUUACGGACAGCAACAACACGCAGCUAUGCUUGCUCGCAAAUAGUCGGACCAUCGCUGCGGCCAGUCUGUACGCAGCUUGCAAGUACUGCCAGGUGACGAUCAAGGACAAUGACAAGGGUCAGCCGUGGUGGGAGAGCUUCCACGUGCGGCUUAGGGACAUCAGACAAGCUGUCGAGCAUAUGGCUACCAACUACGAUCCUGCUUCAAACAAGAUCAAUGGUAUAUCGUCUGCGAGUGGUGCUUCUGAUGGUAAUGGCUCGAUCUACCCUGGCUUGACUCCAGGAAUGGAUGGUGCGGUUGAUGGGUGGGAUUCUACUAGGCAGAAGUCCGUGUCGCCAUACCCGAGACUGGGCAGCGAAAGGCGGCACAGUAACGCCAGCAGCAUCGGAGUGAAGCGAGAGCGGGAGGAGCAGCCAUCUCAAGGCGAUCAGCCGUCGAAUGGUGUGGUGAAAGAUGAGGCAGAUGCAAAGCGACCGCGUCUUGAGGACAAGACAGAGUCCAAUGGCACAUCAGCCGUCGCAGCACCACAACAGCAAGCCGCCGCAGAGAGCGGUGGUCCUGGCAUGCAACAGCGCGAGGAAGCAGCCCGUGUCGAAGACGGCAACAAGCAGGCCACACUUGAUGUCAAAGCAUCAGAAGCCCUGAACGAGACCGCAAAGCCAGUGAAAUCGCACAAGAUUGAACGCGCUCCAUCUGAUGAUGAACUUAGCGAGGAGGGUCAGGUGGAUGAGUAG